CGAAACCCGGGAACCAGUACCCGGGGUGCGGGAAUCGCUUGGACAGGGGUCAGCGGCUGCACAGCGGGUCUAGUGCGGCGGGGAGGACGCUCCCGGACCAGUGAGGGACAUGGAAGUCGUCGCGAAGGUCGUAACCCAAAUGCACGUUCAGUGGGGAAUAGAUUGUGAACUCAAGGAUUUAUGCCUCGCUAUUUCGAAGCUUAUUAAAUUAGAGGCGAUAGAUAGCCCCGUGGAUAUUCUCCAUCCGGAGAAAUGGGACCAUUGUACUAAGAUUUUAGCUGAAGAAACCAUGUCCUGUGGCUCGGGAAAAGCUCUUAAGUCAUGGGGCAGGGUUGUGCAAGCCUUGCAAAAGGCAAGAAAUGAGCAGGACACCUGGCAAGCUGCGAAAGCGUGGUUGCUGGCCACGCCGCAGCUGGGGGUGGGAGCGGCGACACAGACCGCGGAGGACUUAGAACAAACCGGCGGCGAAAAGCCGUGAACGCCGGACCCCUCCGAGCAGAUCGGCAUACCAUCAGAGGGGGGGAAGGACGCGCGGUCGUUUUGGCAGGAGCUCACGGAGGAGGUGAGGGCGGCGGCGAAACCGCCGAGCCCCGAAGGGGAGGACAAAAAUGCACCCCCUCCAUAUGCGUUUGAAAAUGGCGGGGAAGCGUGUGUUCAGGGCAGAAAGGAAGCCGCGCCGGGCGGAAAUGGAGUCAGCCCGCUUAACAACGCAUGCGCGGGCGAGAGGGGGAACGGGGUGGCCCCCGCGCCGGAGCGUAUGACCAAUCAGAGCGCUCAGCUCACUUUCGGUCCUUAUAGGGCAAGGACCUCCCCCAGCAGGAGGCGGGGGGACCCCAGGGGGAGGGAACGGUCCGACCCCCGCCAGAAGGGGCGGGGUCGGAGCCCGGGAAAAAGGCGGAGCAGUCCGGAAGCGUCCGAGCAGUCGACUUCCGACUGGGACUCGGAGUCGACCUCCGAUCCGGAGGAUUCGGAGCGGGGGUCGGGGAGCUCCGACUCAGACUCGAGUUCUAACAAAAGAACGGCAGCGGCACGCAAGGCAACUAGCCACAGCGCUCCCGCAUGGGUAAAGGGGACAUCAGGGAAAACUUGAACCCUACUUACAGACUGGCGGAAAAUAAAAGUUGCAUGCGCGGAGUGGACUCCGUCAGCGAAACUGGUGUUUCCGGUCCGGGUGGGGGGACCCGGCGGGAACCAAAGGUUCUAUUCCCUGGUAAACCCGAAAGAGGUGCAGGCGAUUACUAAAGCGAUCGCGGAUAAGGGGAUUAAUUCGGCAAUGGUUUCAACUCUAAUUGAUGGCGUUUUUGGGGGGACGACAUGUUACCUUUUGAUAUUAAGCAGACCUGCCGAAUGAUUUUUGACGGGGCAGGGAUGAUUUUAUUUAAACAAGAGUGGGAAGAUAACUGUACUAAACAGCUAGCCCUGGUAACAGGGGCAGACCACCCACUGCACGGCUCCAGCAUACAGAGGCUAAUGGGCACAGACCCUACAAUGAUCACCCCCCAGGCACAGGCAGAAGGCCUGAGGGCCCCAGAGAUUAUGACAACAACUCGGGCUGCCCGAGAAGCCAUUCGUGUUGCCUCUAAAGUAGUAGCCAAGCCUUCACCUUGGACUACAAUAAAACAGAGUGAGAGUGAAAGUUUCACUCAGUUUGUGGACUGUCUGCAGUCAGCUUUGGACGCCUCCACACUACCCUCAGAGGCAAAAGGUCCAGUGCUGGCAGAGUGCCUACGCCAACAAUGUAACUCAGCCACAAAGGACAUUUUAAGAUCACUGCCACAGGGAUCUAACACAGCUGCCAUGAUCAGGCAUGUGGCUAAGGAGGAACACCUAGCUCCCAUCCAAGCAGCAGUUCACACUGCAAUAACGAGUGUCAUGGCAUGCACUAAGUGUGGCCAGGGUGGGCACGUGGCGAUAAACUGUCCCUGGUUAGGACACCCAUCAGCAGCUGCUCCCCCCUGUCAGGGGAAACCUCGGGGACCGUGCUGGGCAUGCGGUAGGAAAGGGCACGUAGCUAAGGAAUGCAGAUCCAAGCAUCAGGGAAACGGCAGAGGGAGGGGGCAGCCGGGCCGUAUCCAGCCUCCUCCCACUGGGAACAUGCAACGGCCCAGCUACAGCAACCCUCAAUGGGGCACAGGGUUCCCGUGCCCACCACUGCCAACCCCUCAGGGAAUGUCCAACUUUGCUGCCCAGCCAGUGGUCCAACUGAACCCACCUGUGCCUCAGGAAUACCACAAACAGCCUCUUGGGGAAGAGGUCCCUGGGUGGCUUUGGCCAUGAAAGCAUGGGAACGGGACCCGUGGGUGGCCGUUGCCGCGAAGGUGGGCAAGCACCCACUGAUUGUGUGGGUAGUGUGUCGUCUCCACAACAGCUCCGACGACUCGGCCAUCUGCCUUCCCUUUUGGGUGGACACAGGGUCAGAUGUCACCGUCAUCCCAGGCAUACAUUGGCCUCGACCAUGGAAGCUAGAAGCAGCCCCCAUGGUGGGCGGAGUUGGAGGGCUGUCCCGAGCCCACAAGAGCGCCCAACCAGUGUCAAUGACCCUCUGCACCAAGAGAGGACCAAGAAGAACCAUCACCGUCACUACAUAUAUGAUGUCGGACUGUCCACCCUUACUGGGAAGAGAUGCCCUUGCCCUGCUGGAUGUUAGGGUGACAAAUUUAUUUUAGGGGCCACUGUAGCAUACCCACCAUUGCCCAUCAAGCUGACUUGGAAAUCAGCUGACCCAGUGUGGGUCGAUCAGUGGCCCCUGUCAAAGCCUCGAAUAACUGCCCUCCUAGAGUUGGUUAGUCGUGAAUUACACAAGAAUCACAUAGAACACUCCACAAGUCCAUGGAACACUCCAAUUUUCGUGAUACCUAAGCGGUCUGGUGAAGGCUUCCGUCUCCUAUACGACCUGCGGGAGGUGAGCAAGCGAAUCCAGCCUAUGGGACCUGUCCAAAUGUCACUACCCAUGAACUCGAUGAUACCGAGAGGACAACCUUGUGCAGUGCUCGACAUCAAAGACUGCUUCUUUUCUAUCCCCCUGCAUGAAGACGACAAAGAGCGUUUCGCCUUUUCCAUCGCCUUCCCAAAUAGCCAGCGGCCUAAUCUACGCUUCCAAUGGAGGAUGCUUCCACAGGGAAUGCUCAACUCCCCUACCAUCUGCCAAAUUACCGUGGACUGAGCGCUAGCACCUGUUCGGCAAAGGAAUCCAACGGUAACCAUCGUGCAGUACAUGGACGACAUCCUGAUCGCAGCACCAACCACGAGACAAGUGGACCAGCUGGUGUCAACCGUCUCCGAAACCCUGAGGACGAAUGGCUUUGAGGUGGCGAGUGCAAAAAUAAAAAAGGGACCAUGCGUGACCUUCCUAGGAUCGAGCCAUCCAAGAUAAGCUUGCCUCUCCGCAAACAGCUCUCUGCGCAGUCAAUAACAAUAUCAGAAUAUCUAGCCAUAGCCCUUACAGGCUUUGGAGGAGAAAUUCGCUACGCUGAGAAACCCCCUUGGACUCGGCUGCUCACAGUCAUCGAUAUCGACCUACCACCCAAGGUGGUUGAUCGACCACAGGCAGGGCCAACCAUCUUCACAGAUGCAUCAUCGCAGACCUCCACCGCGGUGGCAGUGUGGCAGUCAGGAGAACAGUGGCAAUGUGUCAAGGCGACCGACCCUACACUUUCAGUCCAACAGCUUGAAGCAGCAGCUGUGGCACUAGCGUGCGGACUGUUCCCAGAAGAACACCUCAACAUCGUGACUGACUCCAUAUUUGUGGCAAAACUCUGCCUAGCCAUGUCCGGACCAGGUGUGUCAGCGUCCCCAGUGGCAACGAUGCUGGAGGAAGCACUCUAUUCACGGAAAGGUACCAUAUCAGUUAUCCACGUCAACAGCCACGACCCGAUCAAAGGGUUCUACCAGAUAGGCAACGACAAAGCUGACGCCGCAGCAAAGGGCGUAUGGACGCUGAAAGAAGCUCGUCAGCUGCACGAAACCCUUCACAUCGGAGCGAAAGCGCUUGCAAAAAAAGUGCGGAAUUUCUACCACAGACACAAAGCACGUCGUUACAACGUGCCCACAUUGCCAGAAGUCGCCACUAUGGUCGAGUGGUGUCAACCCCAGAGGUCUCAAAGCCUCAGAAGUGUGGCAAACAGACUUUACACAAUGCCAGCUGUUGAAACCUCGAGCGUGGCUCGCAGUUACUGUAGACACGUACAGCGGCAUGAUUGUGGCCACACAGCAUCUCUAGACGGACUCCAAAGUGACCAUCCAACACUGGCUGACAGCCAUGGCAUGGCUUGGAGUUCCAAAGCAAAUCAAAACAGACAACGGCCCAAACUUCGUCUCAAAGGCAGUCCAGACAUUCUCCUCGAAAUGGAACAUCGCCUUAGUGCAGGGCAUCCCAUACAACAGCACUGGACAAGCCAUCGUCGAAAGAGCAAACCAGACUCUGAAAGCUAAGCUUGAAGUGCUAGCAAAGGCAGAAAGCUUCUCCAAUGCCAUUCCCCUGGGUGACCAAGUGCGCAUCCUGGCAACAGCGCUGCUAGCAUUAAAUCAAUACCCUAGGGGGGAUGAAACAAACAGUCCAGCUCAGAAACACUGGGCACCUCAAGCAUUAGAUGAGGGCCCGCGGGUGGUGAUCAAAAACGAACUGGGGGAGUGGGAACAGGGUUGGAGAUUGGUGCUCACGGGGCAGGGAUAUGCGGCUGUUAAAAAGGACGGGCACAUUAAAUGGUGUCCGCUUAAGUCAAUCAAGCCCGAUCUUAACCAUGAGCAGAACGAGACUGAUGAGAGUUGAGAGUUUUUGUUUACAGGACAUGCUCGUGGGGCGUCCUCGUGACGCAUACAUCCCCGUUCCAGAGGACGGACCGCCAAGCCAUCCAGCAGUGCCCAAGAGAACCGCGCGGGUGAGACCCAAACAACAACAGUGUUUCUGUGUGCUCUUGCUGUUGGGGCUUGUCGCCAGAGGGCAAGCCAGCCCAGACCACUACCCUUAUCAGCCAUUCAGGUGGGUCAUGCGACACCUUAGCAGUGGCAAGGUGCUCAAAGGAGUCACCACACCAAACACCUCAUCCUUCAUACUCCACUUUACCGACCUGUUUCUGGGACGACCAAAGGUAGACCCCCAUUCCCCAGAAGUCACACAAACGUACCUAUCCUACUGGUGUCCAGCCUCAAACUCAGGAAAAAGCUACUGCAAUCACCCAGGGUGGGGAUACUGUGGGCAUUGGGGCUGCGAAACCAUUGUUACAGAUGCCAGAUCGUCAGGGCCUGGGUGGGAUCCACAAGAGCCCGACAAGUUCUUGCAGUUCACCUGGGCACCUACCGGCUGCAAAACACCCUUCUUUUUCCACGGCAAUUUCCAUCGAAACAGUCAUAAAAUCCCUAAAUUUCGGAAAUGCACUAACUACAACAUGACAGUUUUGCAGCCAGAUCACCCCAGUUGGACCACGGGCAGAACAUGGGCAGUAGCUGUUCAAGGGUUGAAAGAGUGGGUGAACGUGCAAAUUAUCAGACUCCCAGCCUCUAUGUCCCAAUCAGUCGGACCCAAUCUGGUUCUAGUAGCGAACAAACCCAAGGAAGAGAUCGCAGUUAACAGUAGUUCUAGCCCCGAUACGCAGAACUCAGAACUAAUCUCCCCAUCCAGUCCCCUAGCCGAACCGAACCUUUCCAAUUCAUUCAUAAACGUGUUAAAUGCUACCUUCAUAUCGUUAAAUCAGUCCAACCCGAACUUCACAGAAUCAUGCUGGUUAUGCUAUGAUGCACAACCCCCUUUUUACGAAGGUGUUGCCUUCCAUCUCCCGUUCAUCUUCUCAAAGUCAAACAAUCCACGCCAAUGCAGAUGGGACACCCCCCGGAGAGGCAUCACCCGAAGUCAUGUUACGGGCCAAGGCAAAUGCUUUGGCAAUGCAACCUUGGAGAGGCAGACGGGCAGUGUCUGCAAAGAAUUUGGCAAACUCAAGGGAGGGAAGUUCCAGUGGGUGAUCCCAGCUGCAUCGGAGAUGUGGAUCUGUCUCCGGAAAAAUUCGAUCACACUAACGACUUUUGUGUCCAAGUUCUGAUUGUUCCUAGAGUCCUGUACCACUCAGAUGAAGAAGUGUACUGCCUCUUCAAACAAACCAGCCAUCUCCACAAAAGAGAAAUAUUGACAGGUUUAACUAUAGCCAUGCUGCUCAGCCUAGGAGCAGCUGGAACGGCCACAGGCGUCUCAGCCCUAGCGACCCAACACCAAGGACGGUCCCAGCUGCAAAUGACCAUCGAUGAGGACCUGCAAAGAAUCAAGAAAUCCAUCUCUUCGCUGGAAAAAUCCCUUUCCUCACUCUCAGAAGUUGUCCUCCAAAAUAGGAGAGGACUGGACCUCUUGUUCAUGCAGCAAGGGGGCCUGUGUGCUGCCUUGAAAGAGGAAUGCUGCUUUUAUGCAGACCACACCGGAGUCAUCAGAGACUCCAUGGCCGAACUGAGAAACCAGCUCAACCAAAGAAAAAUGGACAGAGAAGCUCAACAGGGCUGGUUCGAGUCGUGGUUCAACCAGUCUCCAUGGCUCACCACCCUGAUCUCUACCCUAAUAGGCCCAAUCACUAUAAUCUUACUAACCCUAAUCUUCGGGCCUUGCAUAUUAGACAAACUAGUGUUAUUCAUUAAAAAGCGUUUAGAAACAACUAACAUUUUGUUUCUCAAGCGCCGACAAUUACUUUAAAGCAUGCUAAAGUUACUAACACACUUACGAUUUUACACUGAUCCUACUAACCCAUGAAAUUUUGUAACCUUUACAUUUUAUAACUUUAUGAGAUUUUUACUAAUCAUGGUGGGGGGGGAAAUGUGGGAGAGUUAGGAAUUGCGGCCGGAAGAUCUUGGGCUGUUACGGGUAGACAGGAAGACCCCUCCUCACCUUCAGUUGACCUUGGCUACCUAGCCACACCCAAGACAAGGCCAAAGGAAGUGACACAAACUGCCUAAAGCCAUAAAUACCCCUGAAACCUUUGAAUAAAGGCCAUUUGCUAUCCACCA